AUGGGUAGAGAUCCGUUGAUUGGUAUUGUCGGGAAACCAUCCAGUGGGAAAUCCACAACUUUAACUGAUGCUGCUGUUAAAACAGGUGCAUUCCCUUUCACAACUAUUGAUCCAAAUAAAGCUACUGGUUAUUUGAAAGUUCAAUGUGCUUGUUCAAGAUUUGGAAAACAAUCGUUAUGUAAACCAAAUUAUGGUUGGUGUACCGAUGGUAAUAGACAUAUCCCAGUCUUAUUAUUAGAUGUUGCAGGUUUAGUUCCUGGUGCACACUUAGGUCGUGGGAUUGGUAAUAAGUUCUUGGAUGAUUUACGUCAAGCAGAUGCUUUAAUCCAUGUUGUUGAUGUCAGUGGAUCCACUGAUGCUGAAGGUAAAGCCACUUUAGGUUAUGAUCCAUUAGCUGAUGUUGAAUGGUUACAAGAUGAAAUUAGAUUAUGGAUCGAAGGUAAUUUGGAAAAAAGAUGGGGAAGUAUUGUUAGACGUCAUACAGCUACCAAAUCCUCUAUUGUGGAUACCCUAUUAACACAAUUUGCUGGUUAUAGUGCAAAUGGUAUAAUGAUUGCAAGAGCUAUGGAUCGUGUUCCAGAAGUUGGAAAAUUAGAAAAUUGGAAUAAAGAAGAUAUAACAAAAGUUGUUAAGGCAUUCAUGGAAGAAAAAUUCCCAACUGUGUUAUCAUUAAAUAAAAUCGAUCAUCCGGAUAGUGAUAAAAAUGUUUCUAAAAUCUUGUUAAAAUAUCCAAAUACUAAAGCUGUCUUGACAAGUGCCGUUACAGAAGUGUUCCUUAGAAGAUUAGCCAAACAAAAUUAUAUCAAAUAUGAAGAAGGUACAGAAUUUGUUGAUACUAAAGAAGAUUUACCAGAUGAUGAAACAUUAAAACCAAUGGAUGAAAAACUACUCAACAGAUUAGAAAACAUAAGAGACUUAAUACUAUAUAGAUUUGGUUCAACAGGUGUGGUACAAGUCUUACAAGCUGCAACAGAAGUAUUACAAUUAGUUCCAAUCUAUACUGUACGUAACAUUCAAAGUUUUACAGGUUCAAAUGGUACAAAUGUUUUCAGAGAUUGUACAUUAAUUAGAAAAGGGACACCAGUUUCAAAAGUUGCAAGACAAAUCAUGGGUGAUGUAACUAUUGCAGCCAUUGAAGGUAUUGGUGGUGUUAGAGUUAGUGAAGAUGAUACUAUUGAUGUUGGGAAAAAUGAUAUAUUAUCAUUCAAAGUUGUGCCUGGUGGUGGUAAUAAUUAG